CUUAGGCAAUAUAGGUACUCGUUGCUUUGCGUUGGUGAUUCACAUUAUUACAGUUCGAUUAAAAUAAUGUGGCAGGAUACGUGCAGGAAGUGAGCUUUAUCGUCUUGUAAUAAAAGUUUGUAGAGUCCUCUUGGUAACCUUCUAAGCGACAAAAUGAGAGUUCCUUGCUAAGUGUGUAAUAUAAAAUUUAAUUGAUAAAUAGGUGCUUAAGACUUAUUUUGUGCAUUAAAGUGGUUGUGAUUAAGUCAAAAUGAAAUUUUACGGCUUUUUCCGAGAAGGUAGUCAAGUGAACCAAGUGAUAUGUGCCUUAUUAAUAAACUUACCGGUGUUGGCGUACGGAGCCAGCAUAGGAUGGAUGUCCCCAAUGACGCUACUUCUACAGUCCGAUCACUCGCCAAAAGGUCUCCCCCUAACCGAUGCAGAGGUAUCGUUCAUGGCCUCAGCUCCAUACUUAGUAUGCAUAGUGUUCGACCUAGUUAUGGCCUAUAUUGGUGAUAGAGUUGGGAGGAAGUUUGCACUGCUGUUUCUCUCUAUGGCGCUUGCGACCAGCUGGAUAAUUCUGUUGUGCUCCUUCGAGACCUGGGCCCUCAUAUUCGCUAGAGCGUUGGUAGGCGUCACAAUGGCAGGCUGCUUUGUCACUUGCCCGAUAUACACAAAGGAGAUCAGUGAUGACACGAUCAGGGGUGCCUUGGGCUGUUUGGUAGUUUUAUUUCAAACGACUGGAAACCUCUUUCUCUAUAUCAUAGGCGAUUUGUUAAGUUACCGAACAAUACUCUGGAUUUGCUUAUCCCUGCCGACAAUUCACAUGAUAGUUUUCGUGUUUAUGCCUGACUCACCGUCUUACCUUGUGAAGAAAGGUAGAACUGAAGAAGCUACAAAAGCCCUGGCUUGGCUGCGCUGUAGAUCUGUAACAGAUAUGAAAGUUCAAGAAGAAAUAGAACUCAUUAUGAAAGAACAGAAUAAAGACAAAACAACCAGCAGUUUUUUUCUCAAAAGUAUUUUCACCGAUCAGAUUCUCCUGAAGGCCUUCCAAAUAGCUCUGGUAGUUACUCUAGCUCGGGAAGUUUGUGGUGCCAUACCGGUCCUCAAUUUCGCUGGAGAGAUAUUCACAUUAGCUUCGAAGGACGGUGGAUUGGUUCUCAGUCCGAACCAACAGGCAAUGCUUCUAGGAGCAGUUCAAGUUAUCGGAUCGAUACUUGCUUCCAGUGUAGUGGAAAGGAGUGGUAGAAAACCACUUCUCUUCUUAACAUCAUUAGUGUCUGGGCUUAGUAUGUGUUUACUCGGAUCUUGGUUCCUGCUGCGUGACUAUGACAUCCAGGCGCCAUCGUGGCUGCCGCUUCUGACUCUGUGUAUCUGCAUAUUCUGCGACGCGUCAGGCCUCCAGCCAAUUUCAAUUGUACUCACGGGCGAAAUAUUUUCUUACAAGUAUCGUGGCAUUGUGAUGGGGGUUACAAUGGCUAUGGCUUCCGUGUCAGACUUUCUCCAACUGCUAUUCUUUAAGCCUUUAGCAAAAGCAGUGGGUAUACACGUAUCGUUUUUCUUUUUCGGUUUUGUCUGCUUGCUAACGGCAGUCUAUGUCAUACUAGUCAUCCCAGAAACUAAGGCCAGAUGUCUUGAAGAUAUUUACAAAGAUCUCAAGAAAAAUAAGACAAAUGAAGGAAAAGAAGCAACAGAAGUGAAAGAAAUUACAAGAUUUUAACAAAGCAAAGAAUACAUACUUUUAUGCUUAGUUUCCUAAUUAAUUUAUUCUUAGAUUACUAUGUAAAAUGAUGUACUAUGUAUAAUUAUUAUAUGCGAACAGUCGUCAAAAAGUACCGUUAUUAAAAUUAGUUUACGGUUCAUUUCGAGCUCAUUUUUUUUAGUUUUCUAGUGACAAAGCCAGUGUGUUCGUGUGGAAAAUUAAAUACAUGCAUUAUGUGCUAUGCCUAUUUCAUUAUUUUUAAACACAACAUACUUUAAGUUAUAACCAUUAGUAAAAAUAAAACCCGGAUAUUUUUUCUGCUAGAUCUUUUAGGGUACCUACAUAUCUAUUUAUAUCGAAGCUUCGGUGCUACAACUA